CUUAUAGCAAGAGAUGAGCAAAGAGGUCAAGAAGCUGUGAAAAGCUUGAACAAAGAAGGCUGCUCACCAAAGUUCCAUCAGCUGGAUAUUAUAUCCUUAGAAAGCAUCCAGAAGUUUAAAACAUUCCUUGAACAAGAGUAUGGGGGCAUAGAUAUCCUUAUCAAUAAUGCGGGAAUUGCUUACAAGGUUAUUUUUUCCUUUUAUUUUGUUGAUUUACUUACUUGGACAACUGAAUUUUAAAGUAGGCUUGUAACCACUAGAUCAGAUUCAUUGACUUGUGACAAACAUGAGACACUACUCUUGUUGAGUUAAGAAGUUUUUUUAUAUUGUGAAACCUUAGCAAAGAUGAGACAUGGUGACUAAUGAGUGGUUAAUUCGUUGGAACUCAGACAAUCUAAUGAUCCUUUACAAAAAAGAUUGUUGUACCUGGUCUGCAAUCUUCACCCAACACCAAACUGGAUAAAUCAAUGUGUUGGUAACAUGCUGUUUGAGAUGACUUUCUCAUGGACAAAAGUUUCUUAUGAGAGGGCAGGGUGGGGAACAAAAGCAUUCUCCUGGCUGCUUCAUCAAUGCUUACAGAAAUCAGUGUAAUCUCCUGGCUUAUAGUUUGCAUUAAUCUCUUACUAUAUUUACAAUGUUCUCCUUAAAUUUUAGCUCAGUAGGUAAGGAACCAUUCUUGGCCAGUAAGGCCAAAAAUGCCCCGGAGACUGCACUUUCCUGAGGGGAGGGGGUUAGUGGAGAGAGGGGCAUGGCCCUGCACUCGCUUGGAAAUUUAGGAGUUAAGUUCUCUGAAAUGUCGUUCCCUCAUUUCAAUACCUGUUUUACCCAAAUCGGCCAUUGUUAUCUUUAGACAGCAAUCAAACAUUUGAUUCCAAUAAUUUUACUCUGUCUUCAAUGUUCUCUUUCCAACAUGCUUGGCCCAUAAAAAGAAAAGCUGUGUAUACUUUAGUACUUUUCCACAUAUUCAUUCAUUUCCUUGAGCGGAUCACAUCACAACUUGUGUGUUUUUUUUAUAAACUACAAUAUUUGAUUUUAGUAAACCUUCAAACAGUUGUAGGUGGUAAGAAGUGCUGCUUCGGGUGGUAAAUUUUACUGUUUACCACCUGUAAGGAGAACACUGUAUUUAUAUAGUCAACACCUUGUAAUCCUUGUACUGUGAAUGUCAGCUUUAUACAGAUAUCACUGUCAGAGUAGUAACAAUUUAAAUGUGCAAAAUUCUUGCUUCCAGAUGGCUUCAACAGCACCUUUUACAGAGCAAGCUGAGGUAACGUUACGGACAAAUUUCCAAGGGACCCUUGACGUCUGCCAUGCACUGUUCCCACUCUUAAGGCCACAUGCAAGGUUAGAAUAUUAUUGAUCUUAGCACAAUCCUAGCAAUAUUAUUUCAUUGAUAUACCUUAAUUGCUCAAAUAAGCACCCAUGUGCUUUUUUGAAGCUCCUGCAAUCAGGGACAAAAGUAGUUGACACAGUUGUUUAAAACGGGUGCUUUUAACAAACAUUUCAUUCAUUUAUUAUUUCAUUCCUUUUAAACGCCGUAAAUCCCCCGACCCCCCGAAUCAAUGUUGUCUGAAGUAAAAAAAAGACUUGAGGGUCCAAAAUUCAACAUUGAUUUUGGGGGCAAUGGGUUGGGGUAGACAGGGGAGGGGGAUAAGUAUAUCCACUAUGCAAAAAGGGGCCAUUUUACAGAAGUGUGUCAACACUUUUGUCCCUCAUUGUCUGAAUGUAAAAUUGUGCUACUGCACACAAGUUGAGCCGUGUAUAACACUGAUUUUAACUGAAAUUAAAGGAAUCAAUGACAUAAUUAUGUUAUUGGUGGUGGGGGUGACAUAGACUUAUUCGCGACCGAAUUAUAGGGCCAAUUCGAAUUACGCGAUGACGUAAUAAAAGGGCUGCGAUAUCCAGAAUUAACGUCGAUAUGGUUUACAAGCUAAAAACUGACGCUGAAUCUCGCGCCUAUGUACAACUUUUGAUGAAUUUCAAGGGGGUGCGUACUGAAAAUAUUUUUAAUAAAGUGGAUAUUUCUCGUUCUUCACUUUAUCCUAUUGUUAAGGCCCAAACGAUCACGGAUAGGGUAAGGAUUGACACGUAGUGGGGAUAGUCACUGGCCGGCCACGGAAAUAUGGAGCGUUAGUGAGGAGCGGCCGUCACUGCGUUCAUUAUCGAAACUACGGAAAAGUGAAGGUAAUUUCAUGGCCAAUUCAAUAAAAAAACUAAGGACAGCGUAGCAAACAUUGCAAGUGUACACGAAAACAAUUACUUUCAAUCUCACCUCGUGACACCCUGUGUGACAUGAUAACGCAACGCAAAUAGCGUGACAUAAGCGCAUAUGUCUGUGUAUUUCGACUGCAUUUCUCAAGCGAAACCCUGUGUUUUUGUGUAUUGUCGGCAGAGAAAAUGAAAAGAGAGCUUUAAAACGUGAACUGGUAUUUGACUCUCAAAGAAAACGACAGCUCAAACUGAGGAAAACACUGCUUCCUUCGUGUUACAACGGUUAACCACGUUUCGGCAAACGGAAAGUAAUAUUAGUCUGUUAUGACCUCUUAAUGUCGAUAUGUAUUCUCGUGGUUAACCGUUGAAACUCCUUAUUUGCACCACAUCGCUGGAAUUUUUCUCGCCAAGAAUACGUAUUGCCAAGCACUUUCUACAUAGCGGAAUCUUCUUUUGCCUUUUGUGAGGAAUUAGCGCAUAAAAAAGGAAAAUUUUCCAGCGCACGGCCGUCAUCGAUCACGUGUUAUCCCGCUUUGCUUGUCAUCAGGUGAACUUCUGGGCCAAAGUCAUUGCUGUUUUGGCGAUGAUACAAACUGGUCUGUCUAUUUUGAAAACAAUUUAUUUGGCAUUAUGUGAUUUACGAGCUGGGAAAUGAAAUAGUUGUCCGUCCAACAUCAAUAAACAAUCAUGCCACUGAAUAAAUGGCAGGCGGUCCUGUAAAAUCAUUACCAAAGUACAUUCCUAACCUCGACGCCUACCUACGCUAAAGGUUUGGAUCAGUUAGGUUAGAAAAGGUCUCAAAAAAAUUAAAAAACACAUCUAUAUGUAGGGCACAGCACAAACGGCUAGCCCAUCAUUUAUGAGGUUCAUAACCUGUAUAUUGUUCACGUCUUUUCACUAAUGGCAAAGGUCAAUGUCAAAAAUAUUGCAUGUCCCCUCUGUUACUCUGCAGUACUUCAUUCGCUUAAGUUAACCAUUUACCAGAACAAUUUUCAUUGUACCUUAAUGUUUCCAUCCUUUUUCCACUAUUGAUAAUACUUGUGAAAACAUUACAUCCGCAGCAACGGCAUUGAUCACAACACAAAUCAUUUCGUCUCGACCCGACAGGGUAUCAGGAACGCGCGCCGGGGUACAAGAUUAAGUAAUGACAUACGCUUCGUACAUUUUACUCUACGCAUACUACAAAUCAGGACGAAACUCUAUAAACUGAUAUUUAAAAACAAACAAUUUGGCCCAUAGAGUAACGUCAUCGCACAAAAAUUCAGCAGCGUCAAAAAUCUAGCCGGAAAACACAGAUACAUAUUUCAGACAAUCAGGGACAAAAGUAGUUGACACAGUUGUUUAAAACGGGUGCUUUUAACAAACAUUUCAUUCAUUUAUUAUUUCAUUCUUUUUAAACGCCGUAAAUCCCCUCACCCCCCGAAUCAAUGUUGUCUGAAGUAAAAAAAAGACUUGAGGGUCCAAAAUUCAACAUUGAUUUUGGGGGCAAGGGGUUGGGGUAGACAGGGGAAGGGGAUAAGUAUAUCCACUAUGCAAAAAGGGGCCAUUUUACGGAACUGUGUCAACACUUUUGUCCCUCAUUGUAGGAAUGUAAAAUUGUGCUACUGCACACAAGUUGAGCCGUGUAUAACACUGAUUUUAACUGAAAUUAAAGGAAUCAAUGACAUAAUUAUGUUAUUGGUGGUGGGGGUGACAUAGACUUAUUCGCGACCGAAUUAUAGGGCCAAUUCGAAUUACGCGAUGACGUAAUAAAAGGGCUGCGAUAUCCAGAAUUAACGUCGAUAUGGUUUACAAGCUAAAAGCUGACGCUGAAUCUCGCGCCUAUGUACAACUUUUGAUGAAUUUCAAGGGGGUGCGUACUGAAAAUAUUUUUAAUAAAGUGGAUAUUUCUCGUUCUUCACUUUAUCCUAUUGUUAAGGCCCAAACGAUCACGGAUAGGGUAAGGAUUGACACGUAGUGGGGAUAGUCACUGGCCGGCCACGGAAAUAUGGAGCGUUAGUGAGGAGCGGCCGUCACUGCGUUCAUUAUCGAAACUACGGAAAAGUGAAGGUAAUUUCAUGGCCAAUUCAAUAAAAAAACUAAGGACAGCGUAGCAAACAUUGCAAGUGUACACGAAAACAAUUACUUUCAAUCUCACCUCGUGACACCCUGUGUGACAUGAUAACGCAACGCAAAUAGCGUGACAUAAGCGCAUAUGUCUGUGUAUUUCGACUGCAUUUCUCAAGCGAAACCCUGUGUUUUUGUGUAUUGUCGGCAGAGAAAAUGAAAAGAGAGCUUUAAAACGUGAACUGGUAUUUGACUCUCAAAGAAAACGACAGCUCAAACUGAGGAAAACACUGCUUCCUUCGUGUUACAACGGUUAACCACGUUUCGGCAAACGGAAAGUAAUAUUAGUCUGUUAUGACCUCUUAAUGUCGAUAUGUAUUCUCGUGGUUAACCGUUGAAACUCCUUAUUUGCACCACAUCGCUGGAAUUUUUCUCGCCAAGAAUACGUAUUGCCAAGCACUUUCUACAUAGCGGAAUCUUCUUUUGCCUUUUGUGAGGAAUUAGCGCAUAAAAAAGGAAAAUUUUCCAGCGCACGGCCGUCAUCGAUCACGUGUUAUCCCGCUUUGCUUGUCAUCAGGUGAACUUCUGGGCCAAAGUCAUUGCUGUUUUGGCGAUGAUACAAACUGGUCUGUCUAUUUUGAAAACAAUUUAUUUGGCAUUAUGUGAUUUACGAGCUGGGAAAUGAAAUAGUUGUCCGUCCAACAUCAAUAAACAAUCAUGCCACUGAAUAAAUGGCAGGCGGUCCUGUAAAAUCAUUACCAAAGUACAUUCCUAACCUCGACGCCUACCUACGCUAAAGGUUUGGAUCAGUUAGGUUAGAAAAGGUCUCAAAAAAAUUAAAAAACACAUCUAUAUGUAGGGCACAGCACAAACGGCUAGCCCAUCAUUUAUGAGGUUCAUAACCUGUAUAUUGUUCACGUCUUUUCACUAAUGGCAAAGGUCAAUGUCAAAAAUAUUGCAUGUCCCCUCUGUUACUCUGCAGUACUUCAUUCGCUUAAGUUAACCAUUUACCAGAACAAUUUUCAUUGUACCUUAAUGUUUCCAUCCUUUUUCCACUAUUGAUAAUACUUGUGAAAACAUUACAUCCGCAGCAACGGCAUUGAUCACAACACAAAUCAUUUCGUCUCGACCCGACAGGGUAUCAGGAACGCGCGCCGGGGUACAAGAUUAAGUAAUGACAUACGCUUCGUACAUUUUACUCUACGCAUACUACAAAUCAGGACGAAACUUUAUAAAUUGAUAUUUAAAAACAAACAAUUUGGCCCAUAGAGUAACGUCAUCGCACAAAAAUUCAGCAGCGUCAAAAAGCUAGCCGGAAAACACAGAUACAUAUUUCAGACAAUCAGGGACAAAAGUAGUUGACACAGUUGUUUAAAACGGGUGCUUUUAACAAACAUUUCAUUCAUUUAUUAUUUCAUUCCUUUUAAACGCCGUAAAUCCCCCGACCCCCCGAAUCAAUGUUGUCUGAAGUAAAAAAAAGACUUGAGGGUCCAAAAUUCAACAUUGAUUUUGGGGGCAAUGGGUUGGGGUAGACAGGGGAAGGGGAUAAGUAUAUCCACUAUGCAAAAAGGGGCCAUUUUACAGAAGUGUGUCAACACUUUUGUCCCUCAUUGUGGGUACUUGUUUGAGAACAGAGAGCAGCUUAAUGUAGCUAGGUGCUUAUUUACACUUGUUCAGAUUUAUCUAUGCAGUAAUAUAAACUGUGAUCACAAUCUUGAGCUUAAAUAUUGACCUACAUGUAUUUGAAAACUUCCAAAUUAAGAAGUCUUGGUCACCUCAAUCUGCACCAGUGCAAAUGAAAUCAACAGGACUUUUGUGGAUGGUUGAAAGCUCAAAUUGGAAGUUUUCAAAUAUGCUUAAGUUUUAAGCUCAAGGUUGUGAUCAAACAAAUGUAGGCUCUUGUUUGGUUUUUACAUGACACUUUGUUUACGCUAAAUCAUCAUAAUAUUAUUUGAUAUAAACACCUGUAACAACAGGGGAGAACUCUGGCAGUGAGGUUGCAUCUGAGGCACAAAAUUAAGUCCAUAGAGAGAUAACUGGAACUUAUUAUCAACUGUUGUUCUCCAAAAUCAGUGCCUGAGACAAAGUUUGAAACAAUGAACGUAAGAGAAGAUAGCGACCUUUCCUUGUGAUAAUUUAUCAAAUUCAGAUGACAAGAUAACCUCGAAAUUUGCUAAAGCAAGGUUAGCGGGGAAUGGAGGUGCUUAUUUGCUAGUUUGGCUCAGUUGGAUUGAGCAACUAUUCAGUGGGGAGGGUGCUUUAAAUUUGUGAAGAAAAAAAAAAACAUGUACGUUUUCAUUGAUUGUUUGUUCACAGGGUGGUGAAUGUAUCAUCGAUGUCCAGUCGCCUAUCUCAGGUGUCAGAAGAAAUGCAAAAGAAGUUCAGAGAUCCAGAGCUGACAGAGGAAGCUCUUAUUUCUCUUCUGGAACAAUUUGUCAAGUAAGCUUUUAUUCUCUUUACUCUUUGUUUGUUUUACUCUUGCUUUGAAUUUCAGAAAUUGACCACUACAGAAAAUACCAUAACAUACCAUAAUGCUCUUUGUUUGUCACCCCAAAAUUUUGCAUAAGGAUUGUUUUCAGUUUCUCUUGGGGCCAUCUAGCUAAAAGUUUGGUUCCAAAACUCUGAAAUGGUGGCCAUUUUGGUGUGCUAAACCAGUCCUGUGGGAGUUGAACUUCACUCAUUUACACAUGAAUAUCACCUUAAGUGGAUUUUGUUGUACUCUUGCUUACCAGAGAUGUGAAGGAUGGUGUUCAUCAAACCAAGGGAUGGUCAAAUAGUGGUAAGGACAAUAAUAAUGACAUUGAUAAUAGUAAGCUCUUUAUAAAUUAUUGUAUAUUACUGCACUUUGGUAUUUACUCUCAUUUAUCCAAAGAGUGAGGAUUAAGGUGGCUAGACUGGAUUUUUUUGGGGGGGUACCUCCCACGUUUGAGCAUUACCUACGUCAGCAUGAGUAAAGAUAUGGGAAAAACGUUACCAAGAACAUUGAAAACAGGGAAGGCUUUUAAAUAGGUUCUCAAAUACAACCAAUUUUUUCCCCAGAUUUUGUGUUUACAAGUGAGGGUCCUCAUUAUUCACUGGCAUUGUUUUCAAGUUUCAUAUGCAUGUGCACAUUUAGCAAAAAGAUAGAAUUUGCAUCAAAAAGGACCCUCGGUUAUAUCUCCGGAAUAUGCUAAUUACUGGGUAAAGAGAUUAGUGAUACAUUAUAACAUCAGAACAAUUCUUUGUAAGAGUUUCUGUGAUGUUAUAACCCGAGUAAGAUAAUUAAGUAUUGCAUCCUUCACGAUGAGAGGUGACGUUCAUCGUUUCGGCUCUCACUGCUAUCGGUGUCACAAGCCAAUAAUUGGCUUGUGACGAAGAAAUAUCCGGAAUAUGCUAGUAAUUAUUACUAGCAUAUUCCGGAUAUUUCUUCGGAAAGUAAUUGAGAGUUCUUUUUGAUGCAAAUUUAUAUCUUUUGCUAGUUGUGCACGUGCAUAUGAAACUUGAAAACAAUGCCAGUGAAUAAAGAGGACGCUCACUUGUAAACCCAAAAUCGGGGGAAAAAAUUGGUUAUAUUAUUUUGAGGCCCUAUUUAAAAGCCGUCCCUGUUUUCAAUGUUCUUGAAACUUGCAGGGAAUAUUUAUUGACAAUUGAUCUCCAGAUUGUCGAAUUUAUAAAAAAAAAUUAUCGAGCGGUUUUUUGAAAAAUGCGAAAUUUGUAGGCAUGGACCAAAUUACAUCCAAAAACUAUAACAAAAGCAGCUGAAUGCAAGUCAAUAAAAUUCUUCGAUCGCUCAGAGCAAUUCCCCUCUUUUUUUGUAUGCAGUUUUCAAUGGAAUCAAACCACUAUAGGAUGAAGCCACGUUUCCAAAGCUUAUCAGUUUCUUCAAAUAUUAGCGAAUUGUAUAGAUAGCAUGCUAUUUCACUGUUUUUAUGAUUGUUAAAACUGCGUGUCAAAAUAUUUCGAAAACGCCCUCAUAGAAUUUGUUGAAACUUUGCCAUAAUGGAGUCAUUUAUGGCAGGAACAUACUCCCUUAAGCGAUUUCUUCAAAAAACUCCUGGUAGAGAGAAACAAAAAGAUAAAUAAAAAGCGUAAUGGCGUCAUUAUGUUGCCAUGGCGACUCCGAUAGCAAUAAAACCCAAAUCGUAAAAAAAUUUUCAUCGUUAUAUAAUACAGUUGUGGUAAUCUUUUUGCUGUAUCUUUACUCAUGCCGACGUAGUUAAAGCUCAAACGUCGGAGGUAUCCCCUCAAAAAAAUCCAGUCAAGCCACCUUAAUGCAAGUAUAAAGGUGAACGUUUUUCACCCUGGUGCAAGGGUGUACAGACCUAAGAGUUCAAGAGAAAUCUCAUAUUUCAUGUUGUAAAUAAACAAACAAACAAAUUGAACCAUGUAAAAGAAAGUUAAGUACUUAGUAAACAUUAAUUGAUAAUAUAAGUUGUUCGUUGAAGAAGCUCAAGCAUGCUCCAUAAUUAGGAAGAUUCCAUUACAAUGAAUUUAUUGUUUUAAAGUUUCAAUCUAUCAGUAAUAGACCUUUACAUGGUUUUCAGGUUUUGGUAUGGGCCAGUUAAUGCAAACAGUGCAUUAAAAUUAGUUAACUUGCCAAGUGUGAAAAUGACCCUUUGAUGCAAGAUAUGGUUCACAAAGUCAUGAAAAUUAUACAUACAGACUUCACAAACUUUUUUUUUUGUUUUUUGUUUUUAAUAUAUAAAGUUAAUGUUUAUUUUAAUAAAGAUAGAGUUAUGAAAAUAACUCCACAACCAGUACAAUGCAAUUAACCAAUUAACAACAGUAGUAGACACUAAUUACAAUUACGACUAUUAUUAAGACUAUGGUAUCAGUUCUCUAUUAAGAGCUAGAAUAGGGAGUGGUAAAGCUUAAGUACAAGAAGAUUGGAGGUCAUGCGGCUGAAGAUCAGAAUCAAAUCCAAAGUCAUGGUAAAUAAACCAUCCCGGAUCAGUGCACAUGAAGUUUUACAGUUGUGAAUGAUUGUCUAUCAUUAUUAGUGAAGAAUAAUUAGGGGAGGGGAGGGGGGGGGGUGUUAAUAGAGGAUCUACAGUAGUUAUGAAUUGAAAUUUCUGCCAGCUCAGUUUUCUUUUUCUUAUAGCAUACGGCACCUCAAAAAUUGGUGUAACAGCCUUGAGUAAGAUCCAGGCAAGAGCAUUGUCCAAGGAUCCUAGAGAAGACAUCCUAUUAAAUGCUGUGAGUCAGUUAUUUGUUAAUAAAAUAGGCAUUUAGAGAUGCAUUUCCUAAGGCUGGGUCCAUGAUCUAAAUCUAUCUAAAAUCAUAAAAAGCCUUAAGAGAUCUUAAAAGCCUUAAAUGUAGCACUGUAAACUGCCACUUAUAAGCCCUGGGCUAGCUUAUACAUUUUUGUAAGGGGUUUUAGUAGGCUUAUAAACAGAUGGGCAUAUAUGAACUGUGGUUCAAUUUUAUCCUUGGUUUAAAUUUUAUUUUCUUUUGUUUCUGGGUAUGGUAAUGUAUGAUAAUGAGUUUGAAACAAAAAGAAAAGAAAAUAUAAACCAAGAAUAAAAUUGACCCACAACAUAUAUCCAAGGGGGCUUAUAACUUACUAGAAUAGAAAAAGCAGCCGAAACAAGUUGUAGCAGUGCUGAUCGUCGUGCUAAUCAAAAUUCCUUUUGCAUUUAGUGGUUUUUAGUUUAUUUUCAAAAUGUUGUAUUAAAUUGAAUUCAAGUCAAUACAUUCAGAUGUGUGUUUAUAUAUGGGGGGGGGGGGGGGUAUAACUGGAUGUUUUUUUUUUUUACAAAUAGAUGGUCCUAAAACCUAUAACGAUAGUGGGAGCUUUUACGUUUUGCACCGCCCACCCCCCCUCUGCAACCCCCUUUAUUAACAAGCCCCCUCCCAAAACCAACCGCUUACCCAAAAAACUGUUCAAAGCCAUACAGUUGAAACCCCUCAUAAACAACCACCUCCUGUAAGUGCCCACGCCCACUUUCUUUCUGUGAAUGAUAAUUUUAUAAUUUUCUAUCAAAAGUUAUUAACCUAGAUUGCAAGCGAUCACUCAAUGAUACAUGGUUUAAUCUCUCUGUUCACUGUAUGUGCUAUGCUACUCAAAGUUUAUGAAGAUCUUUUUGUGACAGCAUGUAACUGCACAUAUUGUAAUUUAGAAUUUGCAUGCAAUAAAUAAUCUUCCUGUAAGCGACCGCUAAGUUUUUGCAUUUCAGGUGGUCGCUUAUGGGAGGUUAGACUGUUCACAGUCCUCUAUGUUUUCAUAAGAUCCUCAGGAACAAGCACUUACUGGUACAGCCGGCCAUCUUAGUUUCAUAUGUACUGAGGGGCCAUCGCCAGGCUAGGCUUGGGGUAUUAUUUAAAUAGGGGACUGUGAACAGUCUAACAGGAGUAUUAACUGUAUUAUUUUCUUAUUUCCUGCUGGAUAGUGUUGUCCUGGCUGGGUACGUACAGACAUGGCUGGCCCAAGGGCAACUAAAUCGCCAGAUGAAGGUUAGAAUCGCUUUCAAGUGACUCUGUCACACUUAAACUUGUAUUAUAGAUGUAAAAAUAACUAUUAAUGUUGAAAUUCCUUGUAUAUGUUACAGGUCAAAUUUGAUUUCAGGUUAAAUUUUUUUUCACCUACUGGUAGGUUGAUUUUCAAUUUCCUUUGUCUCUUAGGGCUAGGAGACAAAUAAAAUGGAGAAUCAACCUAGGUUAAAUCCAAAUUAACCUGAAAUCAAAUUUAACCUGUAACAUAUCAGUUGAAUCUCUUGGUACGGACACCUCUCCAAUACGGACACGUCUCUAUUACAGACAGUUUCCUAUGUACUGGCAAAAUUCUCAUAUUUUUCCUCUACCGACCCUCUCUAAUAAUAUGGACAAUGGACACAAAAUCUUGGCCCUUGGGAGCAAAUUCACACAAACUUAACCUCUUUAUUAUGGACACUCUGGAACAACGUGUCAAUAAUUUGGGGAAAAUGUACCAUUUCCUGUCGGCAGUUACACAAGCAUUGACACUUUAUCAGUCAGCGAUACCAAUACCAGAACAUGUCUUAGGCGAAGACAAAAUUCGUAUGUACAGCAUGUAACUGAGAAGUACAAUAACAUUAAUCAAGUUAGAUUCAGAAAUUAACAAGACACUGAGUUUUGGGCUUGAUUUUACUUACUGAACACUCUAACCUGUCAGUGGGGUCUUAAAAGUGACGUAAUCAUAGUGACCUCUCUAAUAUGGACACUUCGCUGUCCCUUCGGUGUCCGUAUUAGAGAGGUUCGACUGUAUAAUCAACGUAACUGUCACUCUGGGAUGUCAUCUAUAUCCCACAAUUUUGUGCCUCAUUCACACCUAUAAAACAUGUUUAACUACACCUGAGUAAAGUUUCACAAAAUGAAAAUCAUUAACAUAAAACUGGAACGUGUAUUAAAGUUUUCUGAAUCAGAGAAAUUUAGUUUUUAUGUCUUUGCCAGAGCUAAAGUUAACAUAUUCAAUUAGGAAACUGAAAGACUGGCUUUUAUAGAAGAUUUAAGAAAGGAAUUGCAAGAACUCUUUGGAGAGUUUUGAAGUCUUUGGCUUCGUUUGGAAAAUAAAGAAGAUAAUUGAAACAAAAUUGAACUUAAGACGGAAUCCAUCAGGAAAUUGAGUAAUUUUUAUUUUCAGUGGACAAAAACCUUGUACCAGAAUAAUUUCAAUCAUAGUGCAGUCUUUUUUUACACAUUUCGAAGGCUAUAAAUGUCAUAAGUUAUAUGAAAUAACUACGAAGAAAAAGUUCCUAUGGGAGUUAAGUCCGAGUAAACAAACUUCAAAAGCUUCAAAUUUCACAAAAUGAAAUCUUACGCAUGACGAUUUUACCCCUGUUUUCUCAAUUCUUCUGAAAUUUGGAAUUUAUUUUUCGGGCUCCCAUAAGAACCUUUUCUUUGGAGUUAUUUCAUAUAGCUUAUUACAUUUAUAGCCCUUGAAAAGUGUAAAAAAAGAAUGCGAUAUGGCUUAAAAUAUUCUGAUACAAGGUGUUUGUCCACUGAAAAUUACUCAAUUUCCUGAUAGAUUCCAUCUUAAACCCUUUGGCAAGAAUUUGGACAACUGUAAAAAGUGGUAGUUGAUGAUCUCCAAAAAAGUGGUUGACAAAGAUUUUCCCAUAGUUAUAUCGGGUUGAUCAUCGUGUAUUUUGCUUCAUCAGUAAUCUUGGAUUUCAAAUUGUUUUUUUAGGAGCAGAAACUCCAGUUUACUUGGCUUUAUUACCACCAAAUGCAGGAUCACCCCAUGGAGAGUUUGUUUCAGAAAAAAAGGUGCAGAAUUGGUAA